AUGCUUCCCUCCUCAUCCUCAGCGCAGAUGGAGGGAUGCGAGGAGCAGAGAGACGCUCACAUGCACACGGAGUGCCACAGACUGACGGAGGAGCGGGACGAGGCCGAGAGACAACUCAAACACAUCAAGAGAGUGUCUCAGAUGGUGAUCGAGGAGGUGAGCGUCCUGCAGACUCAGCUGGAGAUCGAGAAGUCGUGCCGGGAAAAUGCAGAGGCAGUGGCUACAAAGCUCAACUGUGAGAACAGGAAGUUCAAGUACCUGAGCCUGUCGUCCCGGACGUCUCUGGACGAGCUUCUUCCCAGCAUCUCCGACUGCAUCGCACUGGAGGCCGACGCAGACGCUGCAGACGCUGCAGACGCUGCAGACGCUGCAGACGCUGCAGACGCCAGCCCAGACACCUUCAUACAGUAUCAGCUACAGGUUAAAGAGCUGAGGGACACGGUGACCGGCUUGUUGGAGGAGAAGAAGAAUUUUGUUUGUCAGAUUCACGACCAGCAGAAACGGAUCGAUGAGCUGACCAAUCAGUCAGAGAGAAAUCAGACGGAGAUGAAGGAACUUCGUGAAACUGUCGAUAAGCAAAGUAAAACCAUCAAGAGAUUUAACAGAGUCUCCACGAUGGCCACUCAGGAGUACGAUGGGAUGAAGGAGCAACUGGACCUGGAGCAGAACCUGAGGGUCAAAGCUGAGACCUACGCUCACGAGAUGCUGGUGAAGCAGAAGGAGGCCAACAGGCAGAGUAUGCUGCUGCUGCAGAAUGCUGAGCCCAGCAUUCAGCUGCUCAAAGCUCUGGAGGACGUGGCAGCCAUCACCAAAACCCUGGAGGACGAGCGUCUGCAGCAUCAGCAGAAGGUGCAGAGUCUGGAGGCCCAGCUGGAGCAGAGCUCUGUGAAGGAGCAGCUGGAGGCGCUUCAGAGGCAGCUGGAGCUGCAGGAGGUGGAGAAGAAGGAGGUGGAGGGACGGCUGCAGCAGGUGGAGACAAAGAACGAGGAGCUGGAGAACAGAGUCCACGAGCUCCAGGAGACCCAGAAAAUCAUCACCAUGACGACCAGCACAGCACCCCCUCCCCCCGACCCGGGAGUGGCCCCCCCUCCCGCUCCUCCCCCACAGCCGCCUCCUCCCCCGCCUCCUCCCCCACCACCGCCUCCUCCACCUCCCCCGUCCAGAUGCAAUCCCCUCAGUUCUCUGAUCGCCAUCAUGAGAAAGUCUUCAAAAGGCUCCAAAGCCUCCGUGAAGGCCGAGGAGCCUGAAUCUUCUGAGGGUUCGGACGACGUGAAGGUGAAGGCGGUGAACGAGAUGAUGGAGAGGAUCAAACAUGGAGUCGUCCUGCGGCCGGUCAAGAGCCAGGGCAGCAAGAGAACAGCAGUAAAACCGCCUCCACCGUGUGAGGAGAAACCACAGGAGAGCGCCAUGGAAGAGCUGAAAGGCAUCCUGGAGACGGUGAAGAGGAGCCCGAGUCGAGGCUCUCAGGAGUCGGGCCCCUCCCCCCCGGGGAAGAAGGACAGCGAGCUGGAGGUCAUCCUGAGACGCAGACGCAACAAGGCAGGCGAGGCCGGAGCUGCAGACGACGGCCAGUUGAGCCACGUCUCCUCCUGCGACAGCCUGAACGGGAAGAGGACCAGCAGCGACUCCAGCAAAGAUGUGGAGGGGCCGGGGGGGCUGAGCGCCUCCUCUGACCCGGCGGCAGCCAGGCUCAGCUCGGAGAGACGGGGGUCCGGGCCGGGGCCUAUCGUGGCCCGGAGGAAGAGCUCUGACACGGGCAAGCAGGCCAGAGCGGGCUCCUGGCAGGAGAGGAGGUCCUGCAGCUCGCUGUCUGAGAGGGAGACGGCAGAGACUCCAUUCAGCAACGGCUGCGUCAACAGCGCUGGGAAGGAUGAUCAGAAUGUGCCGGAGACGUGCGUCCAGUCAAACGGAGUUGACCACGGAGAACCUGCUGCACACGCCUCCGUCUGCACCGGGCCGGUCAACGGCAGCGCCGACGCCGAGUGCUAG